UUUGAAACGGCGGCUGUGUGAAAACACAGCAACAGACACGACAACGGACACAGGCAGAACACACACAGCCGACAGACACACGUGUGGUCUUCUCCCAGUAAACUCUGUCGACACAAAGCAGUCCUCUGCAGCCCCGUGCCCUGUCUCGGCACAGUCUACAGGUCUUGCUCCAGGUCUUGCUCCAGGUCUUUGUGGAGGCCAUGCCGUGGGAUACGCAGCAGUUUGAUCGCCGAGCAGACUACAAGUCGGAGACACAAUGCCAGAGGACGUCGUUCGCUUUCUACCGGGCGGUCCGGGACCUGCUUCCGGUCUGGGCUCUGGAGGACAUGCGCACUAUGGAGGUGUUCCAUUGGGAGGAUGACGGCCAGGCGCGCGCCUUCACGCCCCCCGAGGCAUUGCUGUACGCGCUCGUGCACGACCACCAACAGUACGCGCGCUACCUGCUCCACAGGUUUUCCGUGCGCGCGCUGGCCCAGCCCAGCCGCAGCUUCCGGUGCUGCCAGGCCGCGCGCACGCCGCACCUGUCGGUGGCGGUGCGCUAUAACCGGAGCGGAAUCCUUAGGUUGAUCUUGGAGUCGGCGGAGGACUUCCUGGUCGGGGAACGGAAGGACUUCCUGGACGGCCGCGGUGGGUGCGCACACGACGCGGGCGGAGGGAAGACGGCCGUGCACCUGGCCUGCGACCUCGCGCGCCCCGAGUGCCUCCUGUUGCUGCUCGCGCACGGCGCCUGUCCGUACGUGGGUGACCGCGCGGGAGACACGCCCCUGGACUGUCUGCUCCGCCACGUGCGCCAAGGGUCCGCGGACAUGCGCAGAACGCACGUCUGCCUGGGCUACCUGCUGCUGUUCAUGCCCAAAGUCCGCUACCGGUGCAAAGAGCAGCUGCAGGACAAACCGGACUUGUGGAGGAGUCUGUUGGGGGAGGAGGCCUUCAGGUGGCUCGCCGGCCUGGCGCCUCCCUCUCUGUUCAUCCAGGCCAUGCAGACUGUGGCUCGGACCGUCCCGGCCCAGCAGCUGGAUGCCCUGCCGGACUUCCUCAAGCCUCUGGACUUCAGGCUGCAGCAUAAGUAAACCUGCCUGCUGUGGAGCCAGACAGGAGACGUAUGACUCCGAGAGGAUGCAGAUUGGCACUCAGAUUGAUGUACGGACAAACUGAAGAAAUGAUGUAUUUGAGUCAAAGUAUGAGGAGGGAAAUGAUAAAGACUGCCAGUCUACAGAGCAUCAGACCUGUUCAGUCCACUUUCAGCUCCGAGUCCAACACAGUGCCGUCCACUUGCUGAUGACUCAGCAAUCGCCGAGUCCAGUCUUACUGCUUUAACCCAAAAUCACAACUUAGCCCCAGAGGGCUUUAGAAUCACAUUACAUUAUGUACAAUGUAUGACCCCCUCUAGCCCCAGAAAACAUUGUCAGGGAAAAACAAAAACCCGGAGAAAUCUCAGGAAGCGCAUCAGAGGGAUUCCUCUUCCAGGACAGCUGGACAUACAACAGGCAUGCGUUGUGUUCUACCUUAAAAAACAAACAAAAACAAAAUCAAUGCAAAAUGUGUGAAGGAACCUCCACUCCAGUAAGACGUUGGGCAGUCUGUCCCUCAAAGCUCUGCUGUGAAGCACUGAUGAGCACUGCCGCUCGUUGGCUGGAUGGUUGAUGAUGUCAUGUAAAUAAAGAUGAAUGAUGUAAUGUGUAAAUAAACAGGUGUGUGAUGAC